CCUUUGCUGGGUCUUUAAAGCGACUUGGCCAAGUGCAUUCUCCAGGGAGAACCGAAACACGGACAGGGACGGAGGCAUCUCUACCCAGUGAUUUUAGCCAUGCCUGAACCCGCCAAACCUGCGGCAAAGAAGAAAGAAGUGAAGAAAAAGGAAGAGAAGAAAGAGGAGAAAAAAGAGGAGAAGAAGGAAGAACCAAAAGCAGCUACUCCGGCAGAGCAGGGAGAAGGGGGUACCGAUGAGCAGAAAGGGGAGCCCUCCACUCAGUCCGACGGACUCUUCAUUAAGAAGCCAGAAAGUGUGUUAAUCGAGAGUGGGAAGGAUGUGUGCAUCUCCAUGCAAGUGGAUGGGAAACAGCUCCCCUGCAAACCCACAAUCAAAUGGUUCAAGGGGAAAUGGCUGGAGCUUGGAAUUAAGAGUGGGCUGCGGUUCCAGUUCAAGGACAGCUUUGACAAGGAGAACAAUAUCUAUUCCUAUGAAAUAAGAAUUGGCAAAGUGGUUGUUGGAGACAGGGGUGACUAUCGCUGUGAGGUGACAGCCAAGGACAAGUUUGACAGCUGCACCUUUAACAUUGAUGUGGAAGCACCAAGAACAGAUGAAAGUGGCAAUGUGCUGCAAGCUUUCAAACGGACAGGGGAAGGCAAAGAUGAUGUUGCUGGAGAGCUGGACUUUAGCGGAUUGCUAAAGAAGAGAGAGGUCCAGCAGGUAGAAGAGGAGAAGAAGAAGAAAAAGAAGGAUGAUGACGAUGAUAUGGGCAUCCCACCAGAGAUCUGGGAACUGCUGAAAGGCGUGACCAAGAAAAGCGAGUAUGAGCGCAUUGCCUUUGAGUAUGGUGUCACUGACCUGCGUGGUAUGCUCAAAAGGCUCAAGAAGGCCAAAGUCGAAGUCAAGAAGAGUGAAGCCUUCAUUAAGAAACUGGACCCUGCCUACCAAGUUGACAAGGGCCAGAAAAUCAAGAUGUACGUGGAGCUGAGUGACCCAGACCUGAAAAUCAAAUGGAUGAAAAAUGGACAAAUGAUCAAGCCCAGUGGCAAAUACAUCUUUGAGAAUGUUGGCAAGAAACGCAUCCUGACCAUCACCAAGACAACACUGGCUGAUGAUGCAGCCUAUGAAUGUGUUUGUGGGGAUGAGAGAUGCUUUACAGAGGUCUUUGUCAAAGAGCCUCCUGUCCUGAUCAUGAGUGGCCUAGAUGAUCAACAGGUGGUAGUAGGAGAUAAAGUAGAAAUGGAAGUAGAAGUGUCUGAAGAGGGAGCCCAAGUGAUCUGGAUGAAGGAUGGUGUAGAGCUGACUCGUGAAGAGACUUUCAAGUACCGCUUCAAGAAAGAUGGGAAAAAGCACAUUCUCAUAAUCAAUGAGGCUACAAAGGAGGAUGCUGGGCGCUACCAGAUCAUGACCAAUGGUGGCCAGUCAGAAGCAGACCUUGUUGUUGAAGACAAACAGCUUGAGGUACUUCAGGAUAUUGCUGAUCUUACCGUCAAAGCUGCUGAGCAGGCUGUCUUCAGGUGUGAAGUGUCAGAUGAAAAAGUGACUGGCAAAUGGUACAAGAAUGGAGUUGAGGUGCGGCCCAGCAAACGCAUUACUAUUUCUCACAAGGGCAGGUACCACAAGCUUGUCAUUGAUGAUGUGAGACCAGAAGAUGAGGGAGACUACACCUUUGUCCCUGAUGGAUAUGCUCUUUCACUGUCAGCCAAACUCAACUUCCUGGAAAUCAAGAUUGAAUAUGUCCCUAAACAAGAGCCUCCCAAAAUCCACUUGGACUGUGGAUCAGGGAAAACAAAUGAAAACACAAUUGUGGUAGUUGCUGGGAACAAGCUGCGCCUGGAUGUUUCCAUUACUGGAGAACCACUUCCAGUGGCCACCUGGAUGAAGGGUGAAGAGGUCUUUGCAGAGAAAGAGGGCCGGGUUCGUAUAGAGGAACGGAAUGAGCUGAGCAGUUUUGUGAUAGAGAGUGCUGAGCGUUCAGAUGAAGGGAGUUACACCAUCAAGGUGACCAAUCCGGUGGGAGAGGAUGUAGCCUCCCUCAUUGUCAAGGUGGUGGAUGUCCCUGAUCCUCCUGAUGCUGUGCGUAUCACCUCCGUCGGUGAAGAUUGGGCCAUUUUGGUGUGGGACCCACCAAAAUAUGAUGGUGGCAUGCCUGUGACCGGAUACCUGAUGGAACGCAAAAAGAAGGGAAGCAUGCGCUGGAUGAAACUCAAUUUUGAAGUGUUCACUGAAACCACCUAUGAGUCCACCAAGAUGAUUGAGGGAGUGCUGUAUGAGAUGCGUGUCUUUGCAGUCAAUUCCAUUGGAGUCUCCCAGCCCAGCCAAAAUACCAAACCUUUCAUGCCAAUUGCUCCUACCAGUGAGCCACUGCAUCUCACCUUGGAGGAUGUGACCGACACUACAGCUACCCUGAAAUGGCGUGCUCCAGACCGGAUUGGAGCAGGAGGCAUUGAUGGCUACCUCAUUGAGUAUUGCAAGGAAGGAACUGAUGAAUGGAUACCUUGCAACACAGAAUUGGUGGAACGCUGUGGCUUUACCGCUAAGGAUCUUCCGACAGGAGAGAAGCUUUUCUUCCGGGUUGUGGCAGUCAAUAUCGCUGGCAAGAGUCCACCAGCCACCUUUGCACAGCCUGUCACCAUUCGGGAAAUUGUCCAACAGCCCAAGAUCCGUUUGCCUCGUCACCUCCGACAGACAUAUAUCCGAAAAGUCGGGGAACAAAUCAAUUUGGUGAUCCCAUUCCAGGGUAAACCCCGUCCCAUUGUCACCUGGUCAAAGGAUGGGCAGCCUCUGAACCCCCAAGAGAUCCAUGUCCGCACCUCAGAUUUAGACACCAUCCUCUUCAUCCGCAAAGCUGAACGACACCACUCAGGCACCUAUGAGCUCAAAGUUCAAAUUGAGAAUAUGGAGGACAAGGCUGCCAUCAAGAUUCGAGUUGUAGAGAAACCUGGUCCAGCACAUAAUGUGAUGGUGAAAGAAGUGUGGGGUUUCAAUGCCUUAAUAGAAUGGGAACCUCCCAAGGAUAAUGGGAAUUCAGAGAUCACUGGCUACUCAAUCCAAAAAGCUGACAAGAAGACGAUGGAAUGGUUCACUGUAUAUGAGCACAAUCGCCUUACCCGCUGCACAGUGUCUGACCUCAUCAUGGGCAAUGAAUAUUACUUCAGAGUGUACAGCGAGAACAUCUGUGGACUUAGUGAGGCCCCUGGGGUCUCUAAAAAUACUGCCCAUAUUCAGAAAACUGGAAUAAUCUGUAAACGAUUAAACUACAAGGAACAUGACUUCAGCAUGGCACCUAUAUUCCUGACACCACUGGUAGACCGCACAGUAGUGGCUGGAUAUACCACGGCCCUUAACUGUGCAGUGAGAGGGCACCCCAAACCCAAGAUCAUCUGGAUGAAAAACAAAAUGGAUAUUAGUGGGGAUUCUAAGUUUUUGCAGAAAAACAGCCAGGGAGUGCUGACCCUCAACAUCCGCAAGCCAAGUCCUUUUGACAGUGCCACUUACUCCUGCAAGGCCAUCAAUGAACUAGGGGAAGCCAUUGUGGAGUGCAAGCUGGAAGUCAAAGCACCACAGUAACUGUGUUGAUAUUACUGCCAAGACUGGAAGAGCUUAUGAAAGCCCCCUUCUUUUCUCCAUGGUAUCCCUUCCCACCAUGUGCCAAAGCUAAGGGGAGAAGGCACUGAGGUGUAUGUCUCCCCUUUGCUCCCCAUUACCCAAGAAGCCACUCAUUUCAUGCGCUUGGAUAGAAGGAGUUACCACAGACCAGCCAGCCUGCUCCUGUAUCUGUCUGUGUUCCUGUCUGGUCAGUUAUUGUGUCAAUAAAGUGAACUUGAUGGGA